GAUUGAGUGCACAAGCUAGCAUCCUAUGGCUAAUCUAACAUAAUCCGUGGCUAGCACUAGCCAGAUACCACACACAAGCACAUUUCUACAAAGAUUUUAUAUUUAGUUAUAUUCUACAUUCCUAAAUGUUGAUAAAAUUACGCCCUUAUCCAGAGUGACGUACAGUACAUAACUUCUUUUUACUGGUAGCUGUCUAACUUACUUGAGCUAACAAAAUUUUUGACAAGAUUAUUUACUGAUUUUCAGCUUUAUGAGCACCCUUCCUUUCUCAAACACUAACACCCAUAAGGUAUUGGUUAUCUAAUCUAACAGGAUUUCUGAUGUUCAUAACAACAUCAGCCAACAUGUCCUAAAUGAGGAUUAGCAUGAGCUAACCUAACAGGUUUAUUUUCCCAUUCAUAUUCAUUACUGUUCUAAAUAUUCACUUAUAAAUGUCACUUAGCUAGCUAACAUGAUCUAUCUGCUAACAUUUUCUAUCUAGCUAAUGUGACAGGAAUUGUUUUAUUCAGAUUCUGGCUAAUCAUUAACAACAGAGCUAAUCUGCAAGGAUAUAUUUUAUAUUUUUAUGUUCAUAAAUGUUAGGAAUUGUUACUGAUGUAACUUCUAACGUUAACCAUUUGUUAUAUUCGUCAUUAAUCCUCUCCUAGCAAGCAUGAGCUAAUCUGACAGUAUUUUUUUUUUUCUUUCAUUUAUAUACUUCUUUCAGUUAAUGCUAGUCAAAUCACUAGCAUAGCUGGCCUGCUAACAUUCGUCAGCUGACCUGACAGAACUUUGUUCAUAAGUGUUCCUAAUCCUCAUCGCUAAUGCUCACUAGGUGGUGAACAAAACAUAGCAUGACAGGAAUGAUGGUUAGUUCGAAAAAUUUCAAACACACGGGAAAGAAGUGUAAAGUCACGUGAUUGUUUUGAAGGCAAAGUUUCUAUGGAUGUAGACUUCCCGACUUCAUGUAGCUAAUCAGCUUAUACCCUUACUGCUAACUCUCCUAUUUGCAUAAAGAGAAACUGUUAAAUAUGCUACAGACUAACUGUUAAAUAUGCUACAAAAAGAAAGGGAUUCUGAAUUUUCCUUUUAUGACCUUGACUACAAAAGCCCUUGCAUGUGUUUAUAUAAAUGACAGUUUUCGUUUAUAUAUAGAAUAUAGCCAAACACUCAUCACACACAUUACACUCUUUCUGUCCUUCAGUUCAGGAAGUGAUGAGGGCAUUUCUUAUGACCAGCCUGUAAUUACGAGCAAAAAAAACCUUUUUGACCAGCACACAUUUAGGAUUUACGAAACACCAGCAUUAGAUAAAAAAGGGACGAUUUUAGGGAAAGUGAGCACACAACAAAAAUCCACAAAGUUUAGGAUCAAAACCUGGUUUUAAUUCAUCUAACCUUCUCAAGGUGUGCGUGUGUGUGUGAGUGAGAGAGUGAGAUAUAAGUAUGUGCUGAGUAAUCCGAUCCAUAGCAGUAUGUAAUGCACAAUGAGCAUCGUUCAUCAGUGUGUGUAAAUGUGUAACUCGAGGUUUUCUUUGUUCUCGCGAGCCUUCAUACUUUAACAAAAGCCCACCCAGAGGUUUGAUUGUAUGGACAAGCAAGUCUGAUUCCCAGCAUGUCUGAUUCUCCUUAUCAGCUGAUCGAUUUACAAAAAUUUAGAUUCGCUAUAAAUGAGGACAAGUGUUAGUAUGAUGACAAGCAGGCAGCUUCAGUACCCGUUAUCUUGGGCUCCUAAAAAUACACAUUUUACAACAUCAGAGUGACACAAUGGCGCCAUAAUACCGUGACGAAUCAGCACAUACCUGUUUUACUGUUAAUUCUAUGUAUUUAUUUUUAUAAAUGUUUUAUGUCUGGACAUUUUGUCAGGUUUGGAUUCACCGAUGCGCUCGGUGCCUUACUUUUCUUCGGGGAGAUUUUACACUCUUACGGCGAUCUGUAUAUUAAGUACCGGAUUUUCAUUUGUAAUUGAUGUACACAAGUGAUUUAUGGAAAACAAACAAACAAAAAAAACAUUUGAAUGUGAUCGUUUAAAAAAACAAUGAAACAAUUGGAAGGUAUGACAUUUGUGAGUGUGUUUUUAUUUAUGACGUGAUUGUUCACUGGUAUGGUUUUUAUUUAGCUAAUAACUUUGUUGUAGGUAGCUUGGCUUGGCAAUUCAGACAAAACAAAAUCUUAUGCAGAAACAUGCAGAGAUAAGAUGAUGGUGGUCGCUCUCUGCUACUUCCUCCCAAGCCUUGUUUUUCUUUGUAAGGUCUUUACGCACGUUUUCACGAGAGACCGUAUAAAUGUGUGUAGAAAGUAGGAAAGCGCUACUGUGGUUUAUGUUUUAAUAGCACGUAUUAGCUGAAGUCAAGAGUGGGGAAUUGAAGAAACGUCGCACUGCGACACGCCCCCUAGGAUCGCUCCGAGGAAUCGCCCCAGACCGAGAUGAUCGUGUGGAUUUGACGCUGUGCAGACGUGAGGAGAAAAACACCACCACGUCACUUGAAUCUUGUGGCUGUGUCGAGAGAAAAAAAAACCCGAACAAUCGCUUGUUGCUCUGUAGCUCCCUGAUGUGACUGCACGGGGAAAGAAACCUGAAUAGCGAUGAUAAUGAAUUAAACAGUAAAACGCAGAGUAUCGGGGUGGUGUAAUGGUGCUGUGUGUUAGCUGAAAGGACAGUAAUUAAACGACACACACUGAGGUUCUGAUGCAGACAUCUGGAAAAAACAUUGUGAGGAAAAAUGCGAUUGCGCGCGAGGGAGAGAGGGAGGAUUAAGGAAAGAAGGGAAAGGGGGUGAAUAGAAAAAAAAGUGUGUGUGUGUGUGUGUGUGUGUGUGUGUGUGUGUGUGUGUUCUCGGUUACACCGGAGCAGAGCGGAGCGCGUGAGGAGCGCGCGCACCUAUUAUUAAAAAAAGAAGAAAGGUCCCGGAUCAAAGGGGGGGAGGAACGCGUCGCGUGCCAGAUGAUGAAGUAGUGAUCCUGUUCAUAUCUCACACCACCAUCUUCAUCCUCAAACUGGUCGAACUCGUAGAUACGACAAGAGAAGGUUGUAGAUUAAGUCGCGUUGGUGGAGAAUCGUAUGGAGGCCCCCCGCGGGUUUACUGAAUGCGCGAGACAUUCCGCCACAUGACCGACGGAGGCUUUUGUUUUGCGUUACCGAGGCGGAAAAGAAAAAAACCUGCGAGCGCACAACGUUUUUAUUCCAGUCAACGGAACAAGUCUGGACACGUGCAUCCCUGCAGUUCCAGAACAAGGCAAAGAUGACUUUGGUCUUGUCCAUGAACCCUUUCUGUGACCAUGAAGCUGAACCUCCACCCCCAAUUUACCAGCCAAUCUGGGAGGCUGAAUCCAGCAGCCCCACCCACUCAUCACCUGGGGCUGAUGCCCAUGAGCUACAGGAUGAGCCUGUCUAUAGAGGCGCCGCAGGUCAUGUGACCAUGUCGCAAAUCGCUUACUUUAAACGGAAAUACGUUGAAGACGAAGACCUUCCACUAAACUUCAGGAGUUACCGUCGCACCGUGUCCCCAUUGUUACAGGAACACUCUCACGUUCUUCACUUGUCUCUGGACAAAAUGCGCUUUAUUGAAGACCCUGAGGCUUUCCUGCGUCGCUCUGUUCUAAUCAACAACCUCCUGCGUCGCCUGAGAGCCGAAAUCCUUCUCCAGGGGGCGUGGCCUUUCAUGGCAAACUCAGCCCAGGUUUCCUUGACGAUGCCCGUGUCCAUCUCCACUCACCAGGGCCGGGGCCGUAAGAGGCUGAGAUUACUGCACGAGGAGGAAGAGGAGGAGGAGGAGGAGGAAGACGAGUGCGUAUCUGCAUGCUGUUGCUUCUACGAUGCAAGCAGGUACAUGCAACUUCCUGUGUGUGUUUAUGAGAGGGACAUUCAGCCUUCAUCAUCGGCAUCAUCAUCAUCAUCUGCUAUAACGGAGAGACUGGAGUGUCUUUUUGAAGAGGAGGAUGAAGAAGAGGUAGAGAGUGACGGAGAGGAAGAGUUUGAUUCUUUGUGUCCUGGUUUGGACCUGUGCAAAGCAUCGUUCAAGGCGAGAGAGAGACUUAGGGAGAGAGAAACAGAAGGAGAGACUCUGGUCGCCGUGGAAACAGGACAGCAGGUGGCGCUAGUUUUGCCUCAGCUCGGAAGGAAAUAGCAAAUCUGAGGACACAUGGGGUACAAAUUACAACUCCAUAAAUGAUUUUACGAAUGAAUUUGUUCGUAUGUAACGCAGGACAUGAGGUCCGCUGGCUCUGUCAUAGACAAUGUUUAAAAACUGAGCCAAACAGAACGUUAAAGGGAAUAUUUUUAACGUUUAAUAAAUGUCCGGUGCAGAACGUGAUGUUUCUAACGAAGUCUUCAAAUUUUUCAUUUAUCCAGGGCAUGGUUUAUUCUGAAGGACGUAAAGAUUUUACAGUUUCUUUGAGGAACUCUCUAACGGUGCCUUAUGUCUGCAUUUUUAAAUGUAUAUAAAGUUCUUCUCUGUGUUUGUA